UGCAGAUGUAGCUUAACAUUUCUUCGUUUUGUUAACCCUAUCCAUCUCUAAUUUCCUUUCCUUCGUAUUUUCGCGGCAAACAAACACCGCCAUUGAAGGUUUCCUUCGUCAGAGACUCAUAGAGUUUCUCAGCAGCCAAACGGUAUUAGCUCCUUUGAAUCUAGCCAUACGCUCAUGCUGUGAUACUCGUACAUACGUAAUUUCUUGGUCUGAAAACAUUUGAAUAAACAGAGUUGCAAUGGCUUUGUCCUCUUCAUAUUCUACAUGUACAGUACAAGGAUGUAGAGAAUCCCCCUUUAGUUCUAUGAGGCCCAUAAAGCAAUCACCUCAGGUUAGGUUAAUUGCUGUAUCUGCCAAAAUUACACAGUCAAGGGUGUUGUCUAAUGUGAAAUCAGUGGGUUUUGGGCAAGGUGGGAGGCUCUUAGCAAGCAAUAAGUUCCAAUGUCAAGCCCUUGAGGUGAAAGAUAAACCUUCACUUUUGGUUGGGAAUAAGUUUGAACUUGAUGAUGUGAUUGAAGCUCAGCAAUUCGAUAGGGAUAUUCUGAGUGCUAUAUUUGAAGUGGCGCGUGAGAUGGAGAAGGUUGCGAGGAACUUACCCAGCAGCCAAAUUCUGAAGGGGUUCUUAAUGGCCACCCUCUUUUACGAGCCCUCAACCAGGACAAGGCUCUCUUUUGAGUCUGCUAUGAAACGGUUGGGUGGGGAAGUUUUGACAACAGAAAAUGCACGGGAGUUUUCAUCAGCUGCAAAAGGAGAGACACUUGAAGAUACCAUAAGAACCGUAGAGGGGUAUUCUGAUAUAAUUGUGAUGAGACACUUUGAAAGUGGAGCUGCUCGAAGAGCAGCAGCUACAGCCAGUAUUCCUAUUAUUAAUGCUGGGGAUGGUCCAGGACAGCAUCCAACUCAGGCUCUUUUAGAUGUGUACACCAUUGAAAGAGAGAUAGGACAACUCGACAGCAUUAAAGUUGGACUUGUUGGAGAUCUAGCUAAUGGAAGGACAGUUCGCUCGCUUGCAUAUCUCCUUUCUAAAUAUCAGGAUGUGAAAAUCUACUUCGUCGCACCUGAGGUGGUAAAGAUGAAGGAUGACAUAAAAGACUAUCUGAGCUUAAAGGGAGUAGAGUGGGAAGAAGGUGAUGAUCUUAUGGAAGUUGCUUCUAAAUGCGAUGUGGUGUAUCAAACUCGCAUCCAGCGCGAAAGGUUUGGAGAGAGAAUUGAUCUGUAUGAAAAGGCUCGAGGCAAGUACAUCAUAGAUAAGGCUGUCAUGAAUGUGAUGCAAAAGCAUGCUGUGGUGAUGCAUCCCCUCCCAAGGCUUGAUGAGAUAACCGUGGAUGUUGAUGCGGAUCCAAGGGCUGCCUACUUUAGACAAGCCAAGAACGGGCUCUACAUUCGGAUGGCCCUUCUGAAGCUUCUACUUCUUGGUUGGUGAAUUGGGCAAGUUUGUUGCCAUUGAGUUUUGGUGAACAAGAUGUGUGGGGGGGAUUUUGAUUUUGGUAGGAAGCUGCAGAAAUAGUUUGUUUUUGCAGUUGCAGGAUGCUUGGGCUGCAAAUAUCUAAUCUUAUUUUCUUUCUCCUUUUUCAUUUUCGGGCGUAGUCCUCUAUUGAUUUAUUUCAAACUCGAUUGGUUCAAGGAUUGCAUAAUUUAGAUGGUCAAAAUUGAAAGAAAAUGCCAUAUUAUAUA